UUAAUCUUAAUUUCCUCACUUGACAGGAUUACUAUAAAUUUCCUACUUGUGAAUUUGGCAGUGGGGGACAUUACCUACGCGACUUUUAACAUACCACAGUUAGUUAUCAGCCACAUUAACGGACAUCCGGAAGGAGUGGCGGGGAGAGUUUUAUGCAUCUUCAGAAAUGGACUCUUGGCGUGGGUUGGAGAAGGUGCUUCGGUCUUCACCCUUGUUGCCAUCGCAGUGGAACGUUACUAUGCCGUCAUAUAUCCUCUUGGUAACAAAGGAAAGCUGACAUUACGCAAGCUAAAGGUAACCUUUUCUGGAAGCACUGCAGUGUUGAUCCCCAGUCCAAUAUUUUCCAAUUAUCGCACAUUUUUUAAAUCCCCCACGAAUUUUCACUCAUUUAAAACAUUCGAAAAAUCAUCUAAAAAUUCUCAAACAAUUGUUGAACUAAGGACUUUGACCUUGGCCGUUUUUAUGCUGGAGACGUUAAAGUCGUCUAGACGCAUUUAACGUCUGAGAUGUUAAAGUCGUCUAGUGCAAAAACGGGACGCACAAAAGUAGACGACCUUAUUUAAAAAAGUAGUUUUUUCUGAAAAAAGGACUAGGCUCUACUCUCGGAAGACACUGGACACGAGUUAAAGCGGCACCAAAAAUGAACUUCAAGCCCGCGAAAUGCGAACAAAUUGUUCAGACUCUAACAUGGCGGCGGCGUUACAACUUUUAAAGUCUAUUUAUCGCCGUCGCCAAGAAAAGCAUGACUUAGAAAUGCAGAUGUUGGUAACACAGAAAAGUGAAUCUCCAAAGUUAAUGCAAAUUCAGUUCGGUCGUCUGCGAGAACAGAUGCAAACUCCUUAAGUUCAUCCUCACUCCACUUUCUACCACGAGACUCCUUCAUGCUCUUCUUGGCCGCCAUGUUGUUUUGCACUCGUCCCUGUCGUCUCUGGACGAGUCGAGCAUAAAUGCGUCCUAAUUUACGACGUCCCGUCUUUAUACCAGACGACUUUAACGUCUGAGACGUUAAAGUCGUCUGCCUUAUUUACCGUUUUUAUACUAGACGUUAAAGUCGUCUUAAGACGACUUUAACGUCUCAGACGACUUUAACGUCUCUAGCAUAAAAACGGCCAAUAGCGAUACAGACGCUGACGUUUCCUAUUGAUGUUACUUUACACAUUCAUUGGACCAAUCUUAGAGCACUUGACGAUUCAAUAGAUAAUUUGUGUUAUAGAAAAGCUUUAAAGGCUAAGAAACUAAACGGGUCAUUUUCUUUGGCUGCGGUGUAGAUGUUACGGGUCAAAUUAAAGUCAGGUUAAUUUUUUUUAACCUAGGUUGAUUCUUUAAUUCUCCUAGUCCUAAUUUUUGAAUAAUUAGGGCGAGGAGAAUUAAGCAAAUAGAGAAUCAACUUAGGUUAAAAAUUUUUAACCUAAAUGUAAUUUUGACCUGUAACACCGAUAUAAAAAAGAGCAACUAUCGGGCAAAAUUGAAUAUGUGGAAGGAACUUUUCUUUUUUUGUAUUUUUUGUUACUGGUCAAAGAUAGAAUGGAUAAGUUAUUGCUGUUCCACCAAGAGGCAAGACGGUUCCAGAGGGGGUAGACAUCCUUGCAUUCUUCAAGCAGAUGCUCUAAGGUCUGCAUCAAUCCACACACAUGACAAGAGUCAGGCCUGUUUCAAACGUCGUGCUACUGCCAUGCCAAGCUGGCUCGAUUGUAGCUUGACUGCAGCACGACAAUAGCACGACCUGGUUUCAGACGUCGAAUUUAAUUCAGUCGAAUAGAACGGCCGUUUCUGAAAACAAAACACAAAAAUAUAGAAACGGUUUAGCAAAAUUUUGAAUGUAUUCUAAUGUAUUUAUACUUUAUGAAUUGAGUUCGGCACAGCGGUAGCACGACGUUUGAAACCAAGUCGAGCUACUGCCGUGUAGCACGACUUGGUUUCAAACAUCUCGCUACUGCCGUGCUAAAGUCGAAUUUAAUUCGAGCAACUGAGCUCGGCACGGCAGUAGCACGACGUUUGAAACAGGCCUUACUGUCAGUAAUUUUGCCCUUGAAAAGUUUGCCGCGUGUGUACAAGAUGUGAUGGUUUAUUUUGUUGUGGUUGGUUAAUGUUUGUUGUACAGAUAUUGUCGAGUUUCUUUUCAAAGUGGUAGUUAUAGUAAUGACAUCAUAAGCAAUACCAAGAAGCAGCCCUUAUUUUCUUUCAUUUGGAAUUUCUCAGAAUAACUGCACUUACCAAAACCUUACAUUGUCAAGGUUAGUCGAGGGGAUGAUGACCUCGACAUAUUUUGUUUUACAGCUAAUAAUUCCUGGCUCAUGGAUCCUCGCAGUGAUUAUUAAUAUUCCAGAAUUUAUCAAGCAAAACUUUGUGGAGGAACAAAAUCCCAACUAUUGUAUUUACGAUUACGACUGGCCACAAGAAUGGAUGGAAAAAGCCUUUCUAUUGGCAGGAAUUUGCAUUCCUAUGCUUUGCUUUACCCUGAUGAUGGGGUUGUAUUCAAGAGUCAUAUACACUAUGUGUUUCAAGCGUGAUGAUUAUACUCAACACACAUGCCAACAACAGGUAUGACUUUAUUGUCCAAUAAAUGUUUUGUGUGGAAGUACCGAGAAAAAAACUUGUAAUUAAGUAGAGACAGUCUUUUAUUUAGGGGUCCUGCUGUCUGAAAGACUGCCCGAGAACGUGAGAAUAUUUAUACAUUCAAAAGAGUUCUCAAAACACCUACCAACAAAGCAGCCCUUGAGAAGUUUUAUCUUAUUAGAAGAACCUGGAUGAACUACAAUAAGGGUCUUGUUAUCUUUGUAUAUUUUUAAUUUUCUUUUAGUCUUAGCUUUUGUAUUAAGUCUUAAUUGCCAGCUUGUAAUUUUAAACUUUACCUCCUUAUGCUUGUAUAUAGUUGUAUUUCGUUAUGGUUGUAUAUCAUAUAGGUGUAAUUUACAAAUGUGUCUUUUAUCUAUCUAUCUUUUUAUUUAUUUAUUUAUUUAUUUGAUUAUUAGUCAGGUCCACAGCAUCAGCUUUAAUUAGUUGCCUGUAUUUUCUAACCCGCGGUAUCAAAUAAAUUAUAAUUAAUAUGUAUGUAUGUAUGUGUUUUUAUUAUGGGCUGUUUACAACUGGUGGUACCUGAGGGUACUACUGAUUGGCGUUGUGCUUGCAAGGGAGUCCCUGAUAUGCACCUUGCAUUUGUCUUGACGAAAUUUAGCCAGUUUAGAGACAAAAAAUUAAACACAUGCACUUUAUUUGAGUGUCAAUGUAUUUAGCACGAAAGUACUCAUUGGGGACACUAUUUUUUACGUCUCUUACUGGAGACGGAACCACCAUUUUACGUAGUCAUCCGAGCAACGCGAAGGUCUAGCCGGUUGCAUUACAAAGGUAGUACCUUCAUUUCUUAGGUCCGGCCUCGGGAAUCGAACCCGCGUCCUCCCGCUCUGCGGUCACACGCUCUACCGACUGAGCUAACACUGCAGGAACUAAUGCAUUUGUUUCACUAUAUCUUAAUAUUAUCUUAAUUGUUAAUGCCAGCACAGGUUUUAACGUGGUUUUAAGAGGGGGAUACUGAUAGAAACGUUCGACGAUCAAGUGACCAAUAGCUGUCAGCACAGUAAUUUAUAAGAUAACUGUAAUUAUUCAUAACGAUUCUUACAACUUGUAUUACAGAACCUCAGUUAUUGGUGGCCCACGUUUUAUCCCAUAUCGUUUUUUUAAAUUUGUGCAUACUUUUUACUCACUUUUGUUUGUUUAUUAUUUAUUGAUCUCGAAACUCUUUUCAAAGCAGGCUAGACGCUUCAAUCGACCAAUUCCGAUAUAUUAAAAUCCAUAAAUGGCUGCGAUGCUUGGAGCCAAGUAUGAAUUUUAAUAUAUCGAAACCAUUCUUUUUAGUGCUCAUGAGUUUUCGUUCCUUUUUUCUUUACCCAGGCUGUACUGAAAGUGCGUAAGAGAGUCACCCUAAUGGUUCUUAUAGUGACUGUCAUAUUUGGAAUAUGCUGGGGUACAGACUGUAUACUCCACGUGAUGGAAGUUGUUGCCUCCUACAAUUUCAGCCGGGUAGCGAUUCCCGUGGCUCACGUCAUGAUCAUGUUUAAUGCCGCUGUCAACCCGUUCGCAUAUGCUUUGGUUAACCAAAGGUUCCGAGAGAAGAUGAAGAGAAUCUUAGUCCGCAGCUUACGUUUUUCGUCUGCGAGGGUGCAAACAGCUACAAAAUCGCCUAGCAUUGGGUCGGCCUGGCACGUCACACAGCCAAGAGAGAAUGUCCUUGCACGAGACCCAGUUUGGAGUGGUAUCGAGCUCCAGUUUUAUAGAAACAGUUCUACAAUGAAGCAAUAG